GGUAUUCGUACAUGGACAAGAACUGAAGCUUUGUCUCCUUCCUUCUCUCUUCCUUUCUCUCUCUUUCCUUCUUCAUGGAGUCCGUUUCUAGCCUCCUGCUCCUCUGUUUUCUUCUGGUUCAAGCCUUAGCUGGAGCUUCCGGAGUGGUCAUCGGCCUCCGCCGGCGCAGAGACGCCACCCAGCGCCGCUUCGGCGGUGGUGCCGACCGAGUAGCGUGCGACAUCUUCACCGGGAGCUGGGUGAGGGACGACACGUACCCGCUGUACCAGUCCCUCAACUGCCCCGUCAUCGAUUCCCAGUUCAACUGCCAGUUGUACGGCCGUCCGGACUCCGACUACCUCCGGUACCGGUGGAGGCCGGCCGGAUGCGAGCUCCCGAGGUUCGAUGGUCUGGAUUUCCUGAGGAGAAUGAGGGGGAAGACGGUGAUGUUCGUCGGCGACUCGCUGGGGCGGAACCAGUGGCAGUCGUUGAUCUGCAUGCUCGGCGCCGCCUCGCCGCUGUCGCCGACGCAGUUCAUCAGAGGAGAUCCGCUCUCCGCCUACAAAUUCCUGGAUUACGGAGUGUCGAUCUCCUUCUACCGAGCGCCCUACCUCGUCGACGUCGGCGUGGUGGAGGGGAGGAGGAUUCUGAUGCUGAACUACAUCUCCGGCAACGGGAACGCGUGGAGGACGGCGGACGUGCUCUGCUUUAACUCCGGCCAUUGGUGGACGCACAGAGGAGCUAUGCAAGGGUGGGAUUACAUGGGCGAUGGAGGCGGCUACUACAUGGACAUGGAUCGAUUGGUGGCGUUCCAGAAAGCGAUGAAUACGUGGGCGAAUUGGGUAGAUAUUAACCUGGAUACGAGCAAGACGAAGGUGUUCUUCCAGGCCAUUUCGCCUACGCAUUACAACCCAAUGGAAUGGAACAGUAGCACGACCAAGAAUUGCUUCGGCGAGAUAGCUCCGAUCAGUGGGUCGAUCUAUCUAGGUUCGUACCCAGACCAAAUGCCGAUCCUGAAGGGUGUGAUCAAGGCGAUGAGAAGCCCAACCUACUUGCUCGACAUCACCACCUUAUCGCAGCUCCGCAAGGACUGCCACCCUUCGAUUUACAGCGGUGACCUAAACCCCGAACAACGAGCAAACCCGGACCGAUCCGCUGACUGCAGCCAUUGGUGCCUUCCGGGCCUACCUGAUACGUGGAACCAACUGUUCUACACUGCUCUCUUCUUCUAGUUCAUGAAAACACUGAGCUAUUGUUUAUUGUUAUUGAAUUAUGUUUUCAAUUGCUUUGGGUAAUUGUUAAUAUGAUUGAUUAGGCAAGGAUUAUACAAGUUCCCAUGGAUCCCAUCAAAUGUGGAUUUUAUCGAGAAAGAAUUGCAAAUUAAAUAAAAUCAUGCGUUUCUUUCAAAGAAAGGCUUUGCUCGA